GUGGGUUUCAAAUGUGUUUCAUCUUUAAUUAGUUCCAAAGCUUAUACAUUCCUCUCAGAAAGCUCUUUGCCUCUGAUGUUGAUGUGGAGGAAUCAUCCAUAUGCUAAUACUUGAAAACUAUUUCUAUUUGAGUCAAACCUCCUGUCCAUGCAUAUGCCAAUGGAAGAAGCCUUUGAUGCAUGAGGCACCUCAUUCCAAAGGCAUUUGAUUCGCCCACCCAAGAGUUGACCUCCGAAUAUAAUUUCUUGCCCGCGCGCGCUCUCUCUCUCUCCCUCAGAUAGUGGGAGCUUUGCUUUCUCCUUGUUGCUACAGAGCUGAGGCUAAUAGUGGACUUGUUGCUGCAGAGCUGAGGCUUUAUUCUCACAAGAAUUCCUUGUGACCAUGGUCAUAGUCAUACACAACAUAGAUAUGAUCUCUCUCUCUCUCUCUAUCUAUCUGUGUGUGUCUCUCUCUCUCCCCCUCUAGUCUAGGCCCGCUUGCUUGCAAGUGAUCGAGUGCAUGCACAAAAGGGAGUGUGCUAUAACUCUCAUGCGCCAUAUCUCUUUCUUCUCCCCCUCUCUACUCUCAUUUACUCAUGAGGUCAUAUAAGACAUGAAGGUGUUCAAGGGAAAGAUUUGGGCAGCAAUAGGCUCACUCAUGGACCCUGCCGGCACAGCGUCCACCACCAAGUCCUCCUCGGCGGCCGCAGUUCCCGACCGAGCGCUCCUCACUGACAUCGAAGCGGCCAUCGAGCGGUGCACCGGCAGCAGCGGAGGCGUCAACGACGACAGGCACGUCCACGAGAUCCUCUUCCUCGUCUCCAACGCGCCGGGCGCGAUCACCUUCCUCUCCCGCCGCAUCACGGCGCGCCUCGAGAACGCACGCGCCCCGGCCGCCGCGCUCCGGUCCUUGCUCCUCGUGCACCGCCUCCUCCGCGCCGGCGACCGAUACUUCGAGCAGGACUUCCGCGGACUCUGGGCCUCCCGCGAGCUCCGCGUCGACGCGCCCUGCUCGCCCCUCACCGCCGGCACGGGUGCGGCGGUCGCCAGCGGAGCGUGCGCCUUCGUCCACGGCUACUCGGCCUACCUUGAGGAGCGCAUGCAGUGGGUCAUAAACCAGGCCGGCAACCUGGAGCCCGCGCGGAUGACACCACAGACUGACCACGGCGCCGGCAAGCCCCCGCACUUCUCUUCCUCUUCUUCCUCCUCCUCCUCCUCCUCCCACGACGCCAGCGCCGAGACGCUCCUGUCCAAGCUCGCUAUGUGCCAGAGCCUGCUAGACCUCGCCAUCCAGCUGCUGCCGGACAACAACACGAGCGCCAGCGCCGCCGUGCGGUCGGCCUUCGGCAUUGUGCUCCGUGAGAGCUUCAAGGUCUACGUUGCCUUCGCGGAAGGCGUCGACGUCAUGCUGCUGCUGUCCAGGAGCCUCGCCGGGCUGAGCAAGCCUUCGAGGGUCACCGCUCACGAGAUACUGAAGAAGGCGUGCGCCCAGACGCCGGAGCUCAAGGAGUUCUACCUCAAGUGCAAGAGGAGUAACGCGAGCAGCACGAGCCUCGAGUACCCGCUCGUCAGGGUCGUCACGCCAGCGCAGGCCUUUGCGCUGGAGAUGAUGGAGCCGGUGACGAUGAUCCCGAUCCCGGAACAAGAUGGCUAUCCUGAAGAGGUCGAAGCCAAACCUGAAGCAGAGGCGAUCGACAGUGGUGCUUCGCCGUUCGCGCACAAGAUGGAGACCACGAUCAGCACGGUGUGGGUCCAGUUCGAUGAUGAGGACCAGAAGCUGAUGACCACUGCUGCUGCUGGCCACUCCUUGAAAGCCGUGCAGCCAAGCUAGCAAGCUAGCCUUUUGGAGUUCUUGCAAGUAAAUUCUAAGUGUGUUAAUUUUGCGUUCUCCGGAUUGAGCGGUCUUGUUCCUCUCUUCUUGAUAUUCUUGUGUGCAAGGUUGAUUAUUUGUUUUGAAGGAUUUGUAAGUGUCUCGAUUCAGCUGAGAAUAAGCAAAUAAUUCUUCGUCUUUGCCUUCC